AUGCCCGGCAAGGUGACCACCGACAGCGACACCGGGCAGGCCCGCUGGGCCGUGGAACAGCUGCAGAUGGGGGCGGGCAUCGACCGUGUGAAGGUAUCCGAGGCGGCCGCUGACCUGCUGCAGUUCUGCACGGAGCAGGCCAAGAGUGACCCCUUCCUCGUGGGCAUCCCAGCUGCCAGCAACCCCUCCAAGGAGAAGAAGCCCUGCGCCAUCCUGUGGCCCUGGUCACGGCCACAGGGGCCCACACACACCCUGGACCCUGGAGAGAGGAGCAGGCCCCUCCCGCACCCCUACCUGCUACCCACCCUCCAGCCUAUGGGGUAG